ACCAAAUCACUGGAGUCAGGUUUAACAGGUGCGCGGCGGUGCACCUGUCAAGACAAAAGUUCACCUGCGCUUUACCUCGGAUUUACCUACUCAUUCAAAAUGCGUCAAUAAUCGCGUCCGAACCGACCAUUCAUCAUCUACACAUUAAAAACGAAAAAUCAAUAAUCAUGAAGAGGGGGGCGUUGCACUUUCUGGGAAAGAAGAACCAUUCUCUUUUCGACACCAAUAUCAAAAUCAAGGACAUGGAAAAUGUCGACGUGCCAGUGCUACAGUCACCAACAAUCCUCGAGUCAGGAACUGCCAGUGUGCGGGCCAGACCCACCGUCAAGCAUCACACUUCCACAUCUGACAGUUUUCAAGGGUUUGCUGUCCCGACACCCAAAGUCCCCCUCCUCCCUCCUGUCAACGGUCCAAAGAUCAACGGUUCAGUUGGUGGACAUCACUUGUCCAAUGGAUCAGUUACAUCCAUCCCUGACCUAGAGGAGGGGGAAAUAUUUGUUCCUCCUCCUCCCUCUACAGCACCUCCACCCCCUCCGAGUUUUAUUCCUCCACCUGACUUCAUGGGUGACCUCAACAGUCUUCAGUCUCCUUCACUGACACCCUUCAUGGAUCACGAGGAAGACUUUACCUACAUGAAACCGCCACCAAUGGCUCCACCAAAGCCUCCGUCUACCUGCUCGAGUGGCUCUGUACCCAUUUCUAGUCCAUCCCCUGCCAAAUUACCAGAGCGUCCAGCCUUUGCCCCACCACAGCCGCCUUCAGAGAGGCAACACAAGGCUCAAAAGAAACCACCUCCAAAACCCAUAAGACUGUCCUCUAUAUCAAUCAAUGACUCCCCACCACAGACUCCUGCCCCACCUCCCCCUGCACAGACGCCCACACUGUCCACUUUCAAUCCCCAACACACAGCAAAGAUUUACAAUGUUCCUCAGACUUCAAUUCUCAGUGGGUAUGAGGAGCACGACACAAGGCCCAAGCAGAGGUUACUCCUGCAAGAUUCUGCCUCUGGUGACUCUGCUCCAGUGCUUGUCCAAGUGGAUGGGAAAACCCCAAAAGUGGCUACACCACCUAAACCAGUGGAUGGGAAAACCCCAAAAGUGGCUACACCAUCUAAACCAGUUCUCAAAGAUGUACAUGAGCUGAAGGAGAACUUACAAAUCCAACCCUCUCAAUCACCCCUGCCCGAGCCAAACAAGGAGGCUAAAACAACAAUCAUUUCAGCACAGCCUGAAUUAAACAAACCCCCCCUGACUCAACAUCAGAAAUCACCACACCUUCAAACACGUAACAGUACUCAGGUGAAUUCAGAGCCCAUCAAGGACAAACUUGAAGGAUCUCCAAGUCAAGGUCGCAAAUUCAGUCCACUAAUAGAUCGUAAACUGCGCAACCUGAAGAAUAGUGAAACCAACGGGGCACGAGAUGGACCUGCUGCUUCCCCGCUGGCUCUUUUAAUGGCAGCUAAAGAAAGAGACAAACACAGAUCAAAUCAUUCCCUGUCCCGGGAAAACAGUGCAAAGGGAAAUGAGCAGCCAAGCGCAAGCAUUCACCCAAGUGACUCGAGUCCCAAUUCCUUUGUUGUCACCCCAAGGUCCAGCUCGUCCUCUUCUCUAACAUCGCUAGAAAGAAUACAGGGAGUCAGUCCAGCGGUACAAACGCAAACAAUUCAGACUCCAGAAAAGGAUACCAAGCUGUCCACCAGUUCAGUCCUCAGUAGGAUGGUUGCAUCCACAAAAGCGACCAACUUGGCUGAACAGAAACACAAUGCAGUGCAAAUCCCCUCAAAGCCUCAACCCACACAGCCUGAGGAGUUAAAUAUACCAUUUCUGCCUCCACCGCCAGAGUUUGGUGAUUUUGACGAGUUUAUGGAGCCUCCUCCUUCCAUGCCGCCACCUGACCCUCCCAUGAAAAAGGCGCCAACGCCAAUGGUGGUCCCUCCCCCUCCAACUAUGGCCCCUCUCCCUCCAACUGUGGUCCCUCCCCCUCCAACUACGGCCCCUCCCCCUCCAAUUGUGGUCCCUCCCCCUCCAACUACGGCCCCUCCCCCUCCAGCUGUGGUCCCUCCCCCUCCAACUGCAGCCCCUCUCCCUCCAUCUCAUAUUCCACCUCCUCCUCCAAAACCCCAACCCCCAGCAGCUCCAAAACUCCCCCCUCCUGACAUUGAUGUCAAACCAAAGCUGCAACCCCAGACAAAACCAAAGCCUGCUCCUCCUCAGCUACCACCCAAUCUUUCACCUAGCCAGGCCACACUCCUGAGCAUCUUACAGAAGAAGAUGCUGGAAAUGGACCACAAAAUGGCUCCAGCAAAGGAGGCAGAGUCCAGUUCUGAUGACUGGGGUGUCUCUUUGCCCGAGGAAGACUAUAAGGUCCCUGCUUCCCCCAGAGCCUCACCACAGAGCAAGAGUUACCCUGUGGUCAACAAAGCAGCAACCCUGAACAUGAACGAGCUGGAGGGUAAAGUGGCCAAAAAAUAUAAGGAGUCCACUUCGGUGAAAGUUCCCACCAGCAAUGGAACGCAGUCAAAGCAUCAGUACGGUAUGACCUUCACGGUUCGGCCUGGAACCAAACAGCCUAUAACUCUUGUUAGAAAAGGGGAGCCUUAAUGAGGACGUGUUAAUGGCAUUGGUGUUCUUCUGUUUAGCACACAUUUCAUGUGAUUGGAUAAUGUGAUUUUGCAUCAGAAGGAAUUUGUACAAAUUGGUGAAAAAGCACUUUGAACAAAUGUAAACAAGUAUGUUAAUAGUGUCUCAUAACAUAACUGGUCUGCCGAGUUCUGAAUAAAUGUAUUUCUCAAUCUUUGGAGAACACACCAUCACUGUUAAAUAGUAUUUUCUGUUUUUGUAUUUUACUUUUGAAGUGUCAGUUUGGUGGACCAUUUUUAAUUUUUUCGGCUGCUGCUGUUUAUUCAGUGUAGAGAUAUAUGUUGCCUUUUUAACCUGAGUUUUAAUCAGUCUCAGUGCUGCACGGUUAAUAGUCAUAAGCUAAUUAAAUUUAUGAGAUGCUUUACACUUAAGUUAUUCAUAGCUGUGAAGUUACACCCACAAAUUCAUGAGAAAAGUCUUAAUGGUAAAAUACAAUAGUAACAUAGAGUGCAAUUUAUUGUGGUUCAUGCUGUGUUUUCAUGUCACAGCACUGAAAUGUUGUUUCACUGUUACAUGUAAAUUAUGUACGUCCACUGGAACAAAGCCAGCAGUUAAUUCAGACAAGUGUGUUUAUCUUUCAGUAGGAUUGUUUCUCAUAUUUAUUAAUCCAGGAAAGGUUUUGCCAUCUGUAAAAUAGCUAUUUUACUGCAGUAAAAUCUGUGUCAAUGUAUCUACACUCAGUUUGAAUGAGAAGAACUUGGAUACUGUAAGAUGUUGUUUUAUAUCUAUAGUUGUAUAAUCAAAAUAUUUAAAAUAUUGGUUAGAAAGUCUGUAAGCAGAGUUGUUCAAAUACAUUAAAUGUUGUGCAACAACAAACUGAAAAAUAAAUUCCAGCAAUUGCAUGUUGUAAUAAAUGUCCUUGGUGUUUUUUCCUGAGUGC